AUGAAAAAAACUGCCUGUGUGUGUUUAUUUCGAAUUAGAGCACAUUUGACCACUCAUCUCGUGUUUAAAUCAAAGCACAAUUUAAACAAGCAACGAAAUUUAAAAGCGUUGAAUAGAAAAUCAAUUUCAUUCGUGUUUCCGAACGAACAAUUUCCUCAUAAAUUACCCAUCGCGGAAGCCCAUAAGAAUCAUCCAAAAAUGUUAAAAUCUUAA